AUGAAACUCGUUGAUCUAGAGUUUCAUUCAUCAACUGACUUUUUGUUUAAAGCAUUAUUGUCUUAUAAUAGAGGCAUACAAGGUAGUACAAGCAAGAAAGAGCUAUUUUUAAAAAUAUGCUAUGAAAAUAUUGAAAUCUCUAUUGAUUAUUUUAUGAGACAUCUUGGAUAUCAUUUUAAGGACAACAUAUCCAAGAAUAACUGUAUUGAUAGAAUAAUAAGGCGUCUUAAUUUUAUUGUAAUUGAAGGUAUUUUAACAGAUGAGUAUUGCAAACGUGCACAAAAAUAUUUCUGGAUUGAACAAAGAGUAAUUGAGGAAAUGUCUAUUAAGGUGUUCAAUGAAAAAAGUACCGACGCGAGUACGAAAAUGUGUAAAAAUGAAGUUGUAAUAAAAGAUCUUAUAAGCAAAUUAGAAAGAGGUAGGAGCAUAAAACUAUCAGAAGGAAUGAUAGCUAAUACUGUAAGUUGUGUUAAGGACUUCCUUCUUGAUUUAUUAAGAAAACCCAACACAAAAGAAGAAUCCAAAGAUUCUCCCAAAAUAAAAUGA